GUGUCGUCACAGUCACAGUCGUUGCUCAUCUUCCCCCAUCAGACAGAGGAUUCAAAGACUGAGCGCCACUGUUCUCAGCUUUACAGGCGGCACCAGACAGCAUCAUGACAGACUCCAAAUAUUUCACAACAAACAAAAAAGGGGAGAUCUUUGAACUGAAGGCGGAACUGAACAAUGAGAAGAAGGAGAAGAGAAAAGAGGCUGUGAAGAAGGUCAUCGCCGCCAUGACUGUAGGCAAGGAUGUCAGCUCUCUGUUUCCUGAUGUGGUGAACUGCAUGCAGACCGACAACCUGGAGCUGAAGAAGCUGGUCUACCUCUACCUGAUGAACUACGCUAAGAGCCAGCCUGACAUGGCCAUCAUGGCUGUCAACAGCUUCGUCAAGGACUGUGAGGACCCAAACCCUUUGAUCCGAGCUCUGGCUGUCCGCACCAUGGGUUGUAUUCGUGUGGAUAAGAUCACAGAGUAUCUGUGUGAGCCACUAAGGAAGUGCCUGAAGGAUGAAGAUCCAUAUGUGAGAAAGACAGCUGCUGUUUGUGUGGCUAAACUUCAUGACAUCAAUGCCCAGAUGGUAGAGGACCAAGGCUUCCUGGACUCCCUGAGGGAUCUAAUUGCUGACUCCAAUCCCAUGGUCGUGGCCAAUGCAGUUGCAGCUCUGUCGGAGAUCAGUGAGUCUCAUCCCAACAGCAACCUGCUGGACCUUAAUCCCCAGAACAUCAACAAGCUGCUGACAGCCCUCAAUGAAUGCACAGAGUGGGGACAGAUCUUCAUCCUCGACUGCCUGUCCAACUACAACCCCAAGGAUGAACGCGAGGCUCAAAGCAUCUGUGAGCGUGUCACUCCCCGGCUCUCUCAUGCCAACUCAGCAGUGGUCCUGUCAGCUGUCAAAGUGCUGAUGAAGUUCUUAGAACUGCUUCCCAAGGACUCGGACUACUACAGCACCCUGCUGAAGAAGUUGUCCCCACCGCUGGUCACCCUGCUGUCUGGUGAGCCUGAGGUCCAGUAUGUGGCACUGAGGAACAUCAACCUCAUUGUCCAGAAAAGGCCUGAAAUCCUGAAGCAGGAAAUCAAAGUGUUCUUUGUCAAGUACAAUGAUCCCAUCUAUGUCAAACUGGAGAAACUGGACAUCAUGAUCCGGUUGGCCUCCCAGGCUAACAUUGCCCAGGUGCUAGCUGAACUGAAGGAAUACGCCACUGAGGUGGAUGUUGACUUUGUCCGUAAGGCAGUGCGAGCCAUUGGUCGCUGUGCCAUCAAAGUGGAGCAAUCAGCUGAACGCUGUGUCAGCACCCUGCUGGACCUGAUCCAGACCAAGGUCAACUAUGUGGUUCAAGAGGCAAUUGUGGUCAUCAGGGACAUCUUUCGUAAAUAUCCCAACAAGUAUGAAAGCAUCAUUGCUACCCUGUGUGAGAAUCUGGACUCACUGGAUGAGCCAGAUGCCCGCGCUGCCAUGAUCUGGAUUGUUGGCGAGUACGCUGAGAGGAUUGAUAAUGCUGACGAGUUACUGGAGAGCUUCCUGGAGGGCUUCCACGAUGAGAGUACCCAGGUCCAGCUUACUCUCCUGACUGCCAUUGUCAAGUUGUUCCUGAAGAAGCCAUCAGAGACUCAGGAGUUGGUACAGCAGGUCCUCAGCCUCGCGACUCAGGACUCUGAUAACCCUGACCUGCGUGACAGGGGCUACAUUUAUUGGCGCCUGCUGUCCACUGACCCCGUGACCGCUAAGGAGGUGGUGCUGUCAGAAAAGCCUCUCAUCUCCGAGGAGACGGACCUGAUUGAACCAACUUUACUGGAUGAGCUCAUCUGCCACAUUGGGUCCCUGGCCUCUGUCUACCACAAACCGCCCAAUGCCUUUGUGGAGGGAAGCCAUGGAAUCCACCGGAAACACCUUCCUGUCCAACACAGCAGCAUUGACACAGGUGAAAGUCCAGUGAGUGGCGGGCCAGCAGCAACCAUAGAGCAACCCCACGUCAUCCCCAGUCAGGGUGACCUGCUGGGUGACCUGCUCAACCUGGACUUGGGCCCUCCUGUCAACGUGCCCCAGGUCUCCACCAUGCAGAUGGGUGCAGUGGACCUUCUAGGAGGAGGUCUGGACAGCUUGCUGGGGGGAGACCUGGGCGGAGGUGUUGGGGGAAGUCCAGCAGUGGGGCAGAACUUCAUCCCGUCUUCGGUGCCCAACACGUUUGCGCCUUCGCCUACACCAGCACCCACAGCGGUUAGCAGUGGCCUCAAUGACUUGUUUGAACUUUCCACAGGCAUGGCCAUCACCACUGGAGGCUAUGUGGCUCCAAAGCGUGAGUUGGCAUCUCUUACUGUGUGGCUCCCUGCAGUCAAAGCCAAAGGACUGGAGAUCUCUGGAACCUUCUCUCGCCGUCAGGGCCACAUGAGCAUGGACAUGACCUUCACCAACAAGGCCCUACAGCACAUGACUGACUUCGCUAUCCAGUUCAACAAGAACAGUUUUGGGGUGAUCCCCACUAGUCCUCUACCUGUCCACACUCCACUGAUGCCAAGCCAGAGUAUCGAGCUCUCUCUGCCUCUGAACACCAUCGGGCCUGUCAUGAAGAUGGACCCACUCAAUAACCUCCAGGUGGCUGUGAAGAACAACAUUGACGUCUUCUACUUUAGUGUCCUGAUUCCUCUCAACAUAUUCUUUGUUGAGGAUGGCAAAAUGGACCGACAGGUGUUCCUGGCCACCUGGAAGGACAUCCCUAAUGAGAAUGAGCUGCAGUACCAGAUAAAGGAGUGCCACCUAAAUGCAGACACUGUAUCAGGGAAGCUGCAGAAUAACAACAUCUACACCAUCGCCAAGAGGAAUGUCGAAGGUCAGGACAUGCUGUACCAGUCCCUUAAGCUUACCAACGGUAUCUGGAUCUUAGCUGAGCUCCGCAUUCAGCCGGGGAACCCCAACUACACGCUGUCGCUGAAGUGCCGUGCCCCUGAGGUGUCUCAGUACGUCUUCCAGAUGUACGACUCGGUCCUGAAGAACUGAUGAUCGUCUUCUCAGCCAAGACGAGAGAAUCUGUGCUAAAAAAAUAAUCAAUCUGAAUCUUUGCCUCAAAAUAACAGUAAGAAACAUGUUACAGAGAACUUAGUGACUGUUGAUUAGUGAUUGUUGUUGUGUUGCUGUUAAACAUCUUAAUCAGCUGCUUUUGAGUUUUGGCGGCCACGUUCCCCUCAUUUCUUCUUCUGUGCUUAUUUUUCGAACUUAACAUUUCACUGUUUUUGUUUGUUUGUUUUUGUAACCAACCUGUUUGUCAGAAGCUGCUGUUUGUUGUACUGUGCAGUUGCUAUGGUUACUGCAGGCUCCAGCAAACUGUUACCAGGUUUUUGUUUUGUUUUUAAGUGCCAAAA